UUUCGUUGAUGGCUGCAGUAAGGAAUUCCGAUGAAUUAAUAGCCACCAGAUUUUUAUUAGGUGUUGCCGAAGCCGGUUUCGUCCCCGGCAUAUUGCUUCUUUUGAGCCUAUGGUAUAAACGAUCAGAGUAUGGAACGCGAUUUACUAUCUUUAUUUCUGGUAAUGUUUUGGCCGGAGCUUUCGGCGGAUUGUUGGCAUAUGUGAUCAUUGGAAACAUGAAUGGAAAGGCAAAUAUUCAAGGAUGGAGAUGGUUAUUUUUAUUAGAGGGAAUCGUUAGUUUUAUCGUUUCUCUUAUUGCCCUUUUAAUUAUUCCAGGCUUUCCUGAGGAUGAAAAAUUUCUAACGACCAAAGAGAGACAGCUUCUAAUGUCUCGCCUUCACCCAGAACAUGGAACAGCUGGUGAACAGAUACGUACAGUCACCAUAAAACACGCAUUAUUCAUAACACUCAAAGACUGGAGAGUCUAUCUGAUGGUGUUACAUAACAUUUGUAUCAAUACCGCACUAAAUUCGAUAUCAUUAUAUUUACCAACCCUCAUAUAUAAAAUGGGAUUCGAUUCUUUGAAGACUCAACUGCUGACUUUGCCACCCUAUUUCUUUGGGUGGCUUUUUUCGUUAGUGGUCUCUUUGCAUUCUGAUCACGUGCAACUAAGAGGACAUCAUAUUAUUUGUUGUGCGAUUAUAGGUGCAAUCGGUUUUCUUAUGUUGGCAAAUUUGAAAAAUGCGGGAAUGCUAUAUUCAGCUACAUUUUUAUGCACAUCAGGUACAUGGGCAGCUGGUGCAAUGACUCUUGCAUGGAUACCAAAUAUUUUUUAUCAUCCUCGUGAAAAACGUGCAAUCGCCAUAGCCCUCAUUCUCUCUGCCGGAAUUAUCUCUGUCAAAGGUCACAUGAUCAAUGCAUCUUUUCUGUUGAUAGCCGCAAUUUGCGCCAUAAUUAUGAGAUUAGUGCUGAAACGAAAGAACGAAAAGAUGCGUCAGUCCGAAGACGAAAAAAAAUCAACACACAAAAUUCCUUAUAUCCUGUAA